AUGUCAGAAUCUCCCGAAGCUCAGUCUCCGGACCCUCAGAUCUCCGCCGCCUUCGAAGAGCUGUCGAAGCUCGAAGUCGACUUCGCCAAUGUCGAGAUCGAUGCGCUCCGCCGCAAAGAAUACCGCCUCCGCCCCAUCUUCGCGGCGCGCCGCGCCGCCCUGCGCAAGAUCCCCGGCUUCUGGAGGCAGGUCUUCCUGAACGCGCCGGACGAGAUCCAGUCGUACUAUUCCUCCGCCGACGUCUCCGCAUUGGCGGCCAUCGAAGACUUCAACGUGGAGCGGUACCAGAUCUCGAGCGAGACCGAAGGGGAGCCGCGCAGCCUGCGCUUCGAGUUCACGUUCGGCGACAACGACGCCUUUGGCGCGUGCACUUUGACCAAGGAGUUUGAGUGGAAGGCGAGCGCGACAGGGGAUGGCCCGGGACGGUUGGUGUCCAAGGCGGUGCCGAUCAAGUGGAAGAAUAAGAAGAGCGAUCUGACCAAAGGGAUGUUGGAUAUGGCGGUCGAGUUGGAGGCGGCGGAGGAGGCGAUGAAGAUGAAGAAGGGGGGUGAGGAGGUGGAGUUGGUGGAGCGGGAGGGGUUGUGGCAGUAUGAGAAGCUGAGGGAGGCGAUUGCGAAGACCGAGGAGGCUGAGGAUGAUGAGCCGACGUGGUUGAAUUGGUUUGGCUUCAGAGGCGCGGUGGAGAAGAGGACGGAGAAGAAGGAAGAAGAUGAGAAGAAUGGAGAGAAUGGAGCGGAGGUGGAAGACGUGGAUAUGGAUGAUGAGUUUGAUGAUGGCUUGCUUGACGUCGAGGUCUUCCCGCCCGGCGAGGACGUCGCGAUCGCACUGGCAGAAGAUCUCUUCGUCGAUGCGAUGGACUUUUUCAGUGGGUCAAUGUCCGUUCCUUGCGCGAUGAUCUGUUUUGCUGACCACUUUCCCGCAGUGCAAUCGCAGGAGGCUGACGAUUUCGACGGUUUUGACGAGGACUCCGACGAGGAUGACGAGGCUGGCGAGGGCGAAGACGGAGACGACGUGCCUGAGCUGGUCGAGGAGGGCGCCAACAACGACAAGCGACCCAGCAAACGCCAACGGACGCAAUAA